AUUAGCACCCCUGCCUAUGAAAUUGUCCGUGAAUAAUUCAAUAUAAAAAUGUUCAUAUCAGCAAUUCAAUUGGGCUAUAUGUCAAUCCAGUCCCAUCCACUCUCAAUUAUUUGCAUAAAGAUAUUUAUCCCGCGGUUGUUCGGUUUGACAGGACCAUUGGGUCAGUCCGAUAGAGCAGCGGCGCGGGAGGUGAUCCCCUCUCCCUUCCAGCCACUCCCACCGACGAGCUCUGUGCUCUCACUCGCCCGUUUAGCUUGAGUUGCUUCAGAUUCUGCAGCUACCGUAGUCGCUCUAUCUCCCCAUAACAGCAGUCAUGGCGACAGAGGUCCAACCGCUCACUCUGGAUCGAGAUGUAGCCAGGGCGAUUGAGCUGCUGGAGAAGCUACAGGAGUCCGGAGACGUCCCGGGUCACAAGCUGCAGUCCCUGAAGUUGGUGUUGCAGAGUGAGUUCUGCACAGCCAUUAGAGAGGUGUACCAGUACAUGCAUGAAACAAUCACAGUCAAUGGUUGUCCGGAGUACCAGGCACGGGCUACAGCGAAGGCCACAGUUGCAGCCUUUGCGGCCAGCGAGGGUCACUCUCACCCCCGAGUGGUGGAGCUGCCCAAGACGGAGGAGGGGCUGGGCUUCAAUGUGAUGGGUGGCAAGGAGCAGAACUCUCCCAUCUAUAUCUCCCGCAUCAUUCCAGGGGGCUUGGCUGAGAGGCAUGGGGGACUGAAGCGAGGGGACCAGCUCCUGUCUGUUAAUGGCGUGAGUGUGGAGGGGGAGCACCACGAGAAGGCGGUGGAGCUUCUGAAGGCUGCCAAGGACAGUGUGAAGCUGGUGGUACGCUACACGCCCAAGGUCCUGGAGGAGAUGGAGGCGCGCUUCGAGAAGCUCCGCACGGCCCGCCGCCGCCAGCAGCAGCUCCUCAUGCAGGCUCAGCAGCAGCAGAACCUCACUACCCAGCAGAACCAUAUGUCGUAGGCUGUUCCAAAAGAAGAAGAAGUGAGGGACACUGAAAGGAAGGUUCUGAGUCCAUCUCUAUGUGCUGAGGAUCCCGAAGGAACCACCUGGUAGAGGAGAAUAUGAUACUGUUAAGCAGUGAAGACUCUCUCUCCCCCUUCAAUGUACUACCAACAGAAUGAAGCAAAACUGAAAGAUAUGUGUUCUGAAAUGUAAACAACGGUGCUUGUGACAUGAGAGAUUGGAGGCUAAGCACUGAAACCCAUAUUUUGUUUGUAUUCAUUUGAAGUUGUCCUCUAACAGUUGAAAGUUGUAACCCUCCACAAUGCUCCUUGUCAUUUGUGAUAGUUUACUUCUUUUUGUUAUCUGUUUUGAAUUCAUUUCACUUGUUUCCUGACUUUGGUUUUGCUAUAGCUUUGAACAAUGAUAUUUCUAUUGUUUCUUCUAUACUGUACUUGUCCGUGUGUGAAUGAACAUUGCUUUUUUUGUGUCAAACUUGUCCUGCUUUGGAUAUAUGUGAACUCUUUUUUUACCUUAUAUAUUGCAGUGAGAAAAUAUUUUGUAUGGAAACUUGUAGAUUUAGCAAUAACAGACUUUCGUUGGUUUUACAUUUCACAUAAAAGUAAUGAUUAGAGAUAUACAGUAUGUGGUAAAGAUACAAAAGUUAACCAUGUAAUACUCGGUCAACUGUAUCUUAUGCACUGUGUGUCAUAAGGCAGCUUCUGACAUUAAAAUCAAAUGGCUGUUAAAAGAGAGGUAUGUAAAGUGGAUGAAUACACAGAGAUAAUUGUGUGUCAUAAGGCAGCUCCUGACAUUCAAAUCAAACGGCUGUUAAAAGAGAGGUAUGUAAAGUGGAUGAAUACACAUAGAUAAUUGUAUUCAUACAAUUGAAUACAAGUACAAUUAUCGUGAAAUUUCAUAUCUUGACUUUCAGCUCUCAAGUCAGGCAUUUAAUGAUUGUUAGUCAUCUACUCCCAUCAAAUGAAUAUAUACAGAGAGUAUAUAGAGUAAUCAUAUAUCACAUAUAUCAAUAUAAUUUCAUUUAUAUGAGGAAUGUCAAACACAUUUAUAUAUAUGUAUAUAUAUAUUUAUAUAUAUUUAUGUAUAUUAAUGACCUGGCGGGUUAAUCAAAUGGUACAAUUGUCUUUAUUUUUUAAAUCUAUCUAUUUUAUUGUUUACAAUCUGAGUUUUGCAUAAAGUCAUUUCAUUAAGGUA